GGCUUGAUCACCUAAUUAGCUAAUUGGCAGCAGCCAAUAAGAAGAAGUUAGGGUUAAGCGGAGUGGCCAUUCUGACAGUGGGCCAGUGUUAGAGUGGGGGACUGAGGCUUUGGCUCAAGAGGCGGAGGCUAAGUUUUCCGACUUGGCUGAACGGAUCUAAGUCCCGUGAGGAUGGGUCUGCCCAGAAGCUGCCUCAGUGAGAGGUUGCAAUCCCUGCUGGUGUGCCUGUUGUUCAUGUCCGUGUGUUACCUGCUCCUGCUCUACCCGGCCUAUCAGCGGCAGGAGGACAUCUGGAGCUACUACAGCAUGUCGCCCGACUGCAUCAUGUGGCUUCACAACAAAAGUCAGAGGAUAGUUUCCAGCCCUUGCAAGUCAAACUUCAGCCGGUCCAAACUCUCCGAUCUAUAUCCAGGGAAACCGCUCGGCAGUAUCCCGGUGUUUGUGGGACAAGGCUCGGGCCCACCUCUGGGCAGCAGAACCUAUGAGCCACCGUUCGGGUUCAGAGGGUGUGAAGAGCAGCUUCGGAAAACCACGGGGAUGCUGCCCCAAGUUUCUGGAGGGAUUCCGGAGGAGCUGGUACCAUCUGGUUGCAAGAGGUGCAUUGUGGUGGGCAAUGGUGGUAUACUGGGCGGCAGCAAACUUGGACCGUACAUUGACCAACACAGCAUCGUUAUCAGACUGAACAACGGGCCAGUGUCGGAUCAUGCAGGUGAUGUGGGUACAAAGACCACCCUGCGGAUCGCGUACCCAGAGGGUGCCCUCAAGUUGCCCCAGGAGUAUGAUCCAGCCUCACUGUUGGUGGUGGCAACGUUCAAAUGCACAGACCUUACUUGGUUAAGCGCAAUGGUCAGAAAGGAACCACUGAACCUUUGGCAGAAGUUGUGGUUUUGGCAAUCAGUGCCUGAGCUGGUCCCUUUGGAGCCACACAAUUUUCGGAUAUUAAACCUAGAUGUCAUUAGGGAAACUGCGAUGAACUACCUGGGCUUUCCAGAGCCAACCUACAGCUGGUGGAGAUGGAAACAGGUGAUUCCAACACUGGGAGUGACAUCUGUCAUUACCGCCUUGCACUUAUGUGAUGAGGUUAACCUCGCUGGAUUCGGCUAUGAUAUGCACCACCCCGAUCUUCCUUUGCACUAUUAUGAAGCCAUCCGAAUGGAUGCAAUGAAUGCUCAGGCUGUGCACAACGUGAACCAAGAAAAGAUCUUCCUGGCUUCUUUGGUGAAAGGAAAAGUUGUCAAUGACCUUACGGGUGGGAUCAACUGGUAGGAGGACGUUUACUCAACCUGCUUUAAAAUGCUGGAAACUGCAUGUCAGCAAGUCAGACAGCAUCUGUGGAGAAAGAGAGAGAGAGAGAGAGAGACUCUCUCUCGAGACCUUGUGAACAGUUAUAGUUUCAGCUCAAUGACUUUUUAUCAGUAGCUCAUUGAUCUGAAAUGUUAAUUGAUUCUCUCUCCACAUAUGCUGUCUGACCUGCUGAGCAUCUCCAGUAUUCAGUUUUUAUUUCAGAGUUCCAGCAUCUGCAGUUUUUUGCUUGUUGAGGAAAGACUUGAAAAUGUACUUAACACCUUCACAAAAUCAGCAUCUCAGUGUUGUGUCAGAACAUCGAGAGAAAUGUUUUUCUGGCACUCAUUUUUAAAAUGGAAGUAACACAGAUUUAAGGAGAAAAUGGGUAAUAUAACUUGCGUUGACCAACAAUGGUUAAUUACAUAUUAGAAUUAACAAUACAGAUAGCAGUUUAAAAGGGUGUAAGAUUAAGUAGUAACCAGGAAAUGAAGCAACAGGUCAGUUGAUGGUCAACUUUAGUUAGCAAUGAACUUUAAGAGAUCAUGUGAUAUGACUUUGGUAUCUAUGGUUUUGAUAUUGCAAAAGAAAAACAGUUAGUUUAGGACUAAUGGUUGGCUA